AUGGGCACCGGGGACCUCUUAAGGGCUCAAUGGCCCUUCCUAGGGCCCAGGGGCCAUUCCAUGAGCCCGAAGGCCUUCCCAGAGGCCGAGGGUCCCUCCCAGGGGACUAGAGACUCUCUCAGGGGCCAAGGGACCAGCCCAGGUGCUCAGAUGCUCUCAGGGCCAGGCCUCUCAGGAGCCCAGGGGCCCUCCCAGGGGCCCAGCGGCCCUCCCAGUUGCCCAGGUGCCGUUCCAGGGGCCCAAGGACCCAAAGGUUCUCCCAGGAACCCUGCCCUCCCAGGGGCCAAGGAGCCCUCCCAUGGGCUCAGGCGCUUUUCCAAGGACCCAGGGGCUCUCCUAGUGGUCCGCCCAGAGGCCCAGGGCCUAGGAACCCUCCCAGAACCUAGGGACCUUCUCAGGGGCCUAUUAACCCUCACAGGUCCCCAGGAGCCCUCCCAGUUGCCGAGGGGCCCUCCCAUGAGCCCAGAGGAUGACCCAGAGGCCCUCCCAUUGGCCCAAGAACCCUCCCAGGGGACCAAGAGCAUUUCCAGGGUCAAAGGCCCAGAGGCCCUAGCAGGGGACCAGAGGCUCUCAGGCCAACGGUCCCUCCCAGGAGCCUUUCCAGGGGGGCAAAGGCCCAGCGGCAUUUCGAGAGAGGCCUCUCAGGAGCCCAGGGGCCCUCCCAGGGGCCCAGCGGCCCUCCCAGUUGCCCAGGUGCCGUUCCAGGGGCCCAAGGACCCAAAGGUUCUCCUAGAAACCCUGUCAGGGGCCCAGGAGCUCAGGGCCCCUCCCAGAAACCCUCCCCGGGCCACCCUUAAAAGCCCAGUGGCAAAGGGGCUCUCCCAGGGGCCCUACCAAAGGCCUAUUGGCCCUCAAGUAGGAACUAGGGGCCCUCCCAUGGGCACCGGAAACCUCUUAAGGGCUCAGGGGCCCUCCCUAGGGCCUAGAGGCCAUUCCAUGAGCCCAAAGGCCAUCCCAGAGGCCGAGGGUCCCCAGGAGCCCUCCCAGUUGCCGAGGGGCCCUCCCAUGAGCCCAGAGGAUGACCCAGAGGCCCUUCCAGGGGACCAAGAGCACUUCCAGGUGCCCUCCUAG